AUGAACCCAGCAACCAUCCCAACGCCGGCCCACUGCGUCGCCGACUUCUGUCUGAUCCCGAUUGGCACGGGCUCGCCCUCAGUCUCAGCCCAAAUCGCCGACGUCCAGCGGUUGAUCGAAACAUGCGGACUAAAGACUCCCCAUCUCCACCAGGUCAAGCUGGCGAUCAGAGAUGCUCGCCAGAGACAUGGCCAGCUGGGACCAGAAGCGGAAGACCUCGGUCUUCCCCGCGAGUUGCGGAUCGAUGCAGGCGCAGCUACGGAGGGACCCUGGGAUCGGGUUCAUCAGGUGAUCGGGCAGGCGCAUACCGUCCUGCAUCAGCAGGGGAUUGUUCGGAUUCAGACUGAUAUUCGUGUUGGGUCGAGAACUGAUAAGACACAGUCCUUUGAGGAUAAGGUUAGCAAGGUGCGAGAGCUGUUGGCCAAAGAUUGA